AUGAAAAAUUCUUGUAGUCAAUCAACGUUAGAAACACUUCCAGAUGAGAUGCUAUUAGAAAUUUGUAAAUAUUUAUUAUGUACUGAUAUUCUUCUAUCUUUCACUGGACUUAACAAUCGAAUAACACAAAUGAUCACUGAAUAUCGUCAUCAUGUUUCAUUGUAUAAAACAUCUAUUUUAACAAGUGAUUAUUUAUGUGUAAAUGUUCUUCCUCAAAUUGGUUUUCAAAUUCGAUCAUUACUCAUUGAUUGUUGUUAUUCUAUCUUACAAGAUGAUUUAUUUAUUAAAUAUUUUGAUAAGAAAAUGUCAAUAAUAUUUCCUAAACUAGAAAGAAUUAGUCUUGUCUCCUAUCAAUACAAUCAAUUAAUUGCUUUUCUUGAUACUCUACAUGAUUUAAAUCAUCUUGUUGAGAUUCGUUUAUAUAGUCUCUUUCCAAUUGAUAAAAUCAACCAAACAACAGUUGUUCGAUCAUUAAUUCAAGCAAAUAAUCAUCGAAUUAUAACAAUACUCAUCGAUAAUCAAUCAAGUUCUUUACAUUUCCAUCAUGAUGAUUGUUAUUUGAAUGUCCUGCGAUUGCGUAUCAAAUUAAGAACAAUUGUAGAUUUAUCAUCUCUCUUUCAUGCUGUUCCUAAUGUUCAAUAUCUAGACAUAAUACUUGAUGAAAAUGAUAGCUUAUGGGACUAUUUGGAUGAAUUGACUUUAUCUCCUCUUUUUUAUCUUACUCAUUGUCAACUCAUAUCCACUAAACAAUCAUGGAUACUUGAAGAAUUAUUUCUAGUAUUUGUUCAAUUACCAAUAGUACGAUAUUUAUCACUUUUUCUUUCCACCCACGAUAGACGUCUUAUAGAAGACAAUACAAUUCUUUCUUUACUUCCUUCCACUGUUCAACAAUUUGACUAUGCCAUUUACUUUUAUCAUAACAUGCCUUUUGAUGAAAUUGAUGAGAUUAUCACCUCUUGGCCAAUAUCUCAUCCAGUUACAUGCUUCUACAAAGAUACAUUCUUGUUUAUGCAUACAUUACCUUGGCGUUUCGUUCGUAUUUCAUUCCCGACGUUUAUAAAUAAAAUGAUGUCAUGCCAAAUGAAUAAUAUAACUGGUUAUGAUAGUAGUGUUGAACAGCUGAACGUCACAAUCGACAAAAGUUUUACUUUACUCAAGUCCUUAGGAAUAAUAUCACAAUGUCAUCAAGUGAGAGAAAUGACUUUUUACGUGAGAGAUACUGGUGAUACCGUUAAAGAAGAACAAUGUCCGAUAUCCUAUGUUCCUAAAUUAUCUCGGCUUAUUCAAAUCUCUUUUCAUGGAUCAAUAUCAUCUGAUCUAAAUCAUUUUUCGUUUCUUCUCAAUGUUGCACCUAAUAUUUUUCGCUUGGAUUUACCUUUUGAUUAUUUAUGGCAGUUUAUUGAAAAUCAACAAAUACGUCAUCUUCUUGGUCAACGUAUUACUUCACUUUCUAUUCUCGAAAAUGUAACAAAACCAUCAUUAGUAACACUCAAUGAAGAGCACAUAUCAAUCAUUGCUUCUACAUUCUUUCGAUUGUGUGAUUUGUAUGUUAAUUUAGUACAUUUAUCGUCUAGCACAACAAUAGUCUCAAACGACAAUAUUCUUGACGAAUCCAUAAUACAAAGCUUAUCUGUUCAGUCAAAUCAACAGAAACAUGAAGUUGUAUCAUCUUGUUCAAGUGAAUCAAUGGUAAUAUGCAUAUUGACAGAAUUCAAAGAUCAUAAACUUGUUGGUCUAUGUAUCAAUGGACAAUUUUUUGAAAAUAUAAACAUAGAUGCAAAACAAUGGUUACAACAUAAUACUGUUCUUUGUGAACAAAAAUUUGAAGCUGUUUUCAAUAAGGUGUUAAAUCGAUUACUCAUUUGGAUGUGA